AAAAGACAUGGUUGACCAGCUUCGAGUACCUGAAGGAGACCAUGGAUGACCGACCAAUUCAACUGUGGUUUACCAUGGCCUCUGGUCAAGCCAUGGCUUAAUGAUGACGUCGAAGUGGCUGGAUGUAGCGCCGCUCCUGUGACGUGGCCCAGUUUGACAGGCGUUUUCAGUCCUCUUGACGGGCUUCCUCUUGAAAGUCGACAGAUCGUUACACAGCUGAGGUCCGUAGUUUCAUCUUCUCCAACACUGAAACCAUCGGAGACAGCUGAGGUCCGCUUCGCCGCUUCAACAACAUCCCAGCUAAAGACGACAUGGUUUGGCACCCUUCCUCUGCAAAAGCACCCACGCUUCGAAGCUAUUCUGUUCCUGCAUGCAGCGAAACCCCUGAUCUGCUCGAAGGUCACCAUCUUGAGGCCCUUAAAGAAUCACUUCUUCGACCCAUAGGGCACCACAUACUACCAGGACUAGGACAACAGUUUUUUUUUUCCAGAAUGAAAGCCCGGAAAGCUCUGGUCCGAAAGUCUGUUUGCGACACUUGUGUCGAGUCUUGGUCGCCAAAAACCGAAAGGGUGAUAGUUUCCUUCCUCCAAAGUUGUUUAGCUGUUAUAUACUUCAAAGGGUGAUAGUUGACUGUCCCACACUGGCCACGCGAAAUGGACUUCUCAAUAAGAAACCGUGGUUGAUCCACAUAGUCUUAGUAUGUCUUAGUAAAAAUCUUUGUCUUUGAGAGAAAGCACGGCAUUCUUCCGGAAUUCUUCCCAGCCAUCCCCCUUGGUGAUUCAUGUGGACCUCGGUGACCGGGGCGAUCCAGGUUUCAGGAUGGCGUGGAGAGCUUGCUUGAACUGCUGCCGGACCCUUUGGACUGGCGUGCGCUGCAGUGUGCGUGCCGCUGGCGUCGCUGGCAUGCGCCGGGCCUGCUGGAGCAGGUACACCAUGCGCCAAAGUUGCGAAUGGCUAUCAAAAGCAUUUGCCAGAAGUUGAGAAGGUUGCCAUUGGAUGACCUGAUGGGAGAGAGGAUCAGGACCUCGAAUCUGACAGAUGUGGAGGUGCGAUACCUGGUUGAGAUCUUUGGUGCAGAGCCUCGAAAUGCCAGAGCUGAAAUGCUUGAUCUCAGCGACUCCAUGGGGCUUGCAGCAUCACAAGGCUUUGCUCUGGGCUGCUGGCUGCCGAGAUUUCAAGGCCACAGCCUUCGGCUCGCAGAGUGCAAAGACUUUCUGCGCAGCCCGGGCAUUGGCAGCAUUCUACGCGGAGUGAGACACAGCCAACUGCCAUUAAGGCUCUUGGACCUUUGUGCGGCCCAACUCUCAAAGCCCGAAGCACCCGCUUUGGCUCAGCUGUGUGCGUUGAAGCGGAUGCCUUCGUUGGAGACGCUGAACCUGAGCUUCAAUGAGCAGCUGAUGACAGGAGAUGCCUUGGAAGGCAUGGCGAGAGCCCUGGAAGGUGAGACAUGUGGCAUUUCACACUUGGUGCUGAAACACUGCGAUGUGUCCGGCAAGGCUGGAGAGCCCUUGGGGAGGUGGCUGAGACAUUUGCCUUGCCUGCGUGAGUUAAACUUGAACUGGAAUCCCGAGAUCUUCUCUUCCCGUGGCCUACGCGGCUUGCUGAAAGGGUUGACGAGCGGCAGCGGCGGCCACGCAGCCUUGCCUCAUUUACAAGUCCUGCACUUGCAGACAGACAAUGCUACUGCCGCCCAUGAGUGGGUGGGUUUGGAGGAAGCUUUGCAGAACUUCCGACGCAGCUGCCCAUCCCUGCACGAGGCGCCAACAGCGCCAAGUGGCACGCGUUUUGCUGCGCGCCACGCGCUCGCGCCAGCUCAAGAGAAUCUCUGCGUUGCCCUGCUUUCAGUGAUGAGGUUGCCGCCCUUCCGCCAGCAGCUGCGGCUUUGGCUGUCCGACCCGCUGGACUGGCGCGCGCUGCAGCUGGCCUGCCGCUGGAGUUGCGAGGGGUCGCGACUGUUGCAGCAGGUCCACCGCCGCCCCGGGCUUCGGGCCCUCGUGGCCCAGCAGUGCCAGCGGCUGCGGCGCACCGCGCGGGGGGACCUGCUGCGGUCCGGCUUCGGACUCGAGGAGCUUCGCUUCGCCGUGGAGCUGUUGCAGGCGCGGCCAGCGAGCGGAACGGGCCGCGCUAGCGAGAUCCUGAAGCUGGAUCUCAGCUAUCAGCAUCUGCCUCCAGGUGGUGCCCGGGCGGUGGCUCCGCAACAAGGGAUGGCUUUGGGCGUCUUCCUGCGAUAUUGCUCUCGCUUGGAGGAGCUUCGUUUGGAAGGCAAUGCGCAGCUUUGUACACCAGCAGGUUUGGAGGGCAUUCUGAAGGGUCUCAGGGAGCAUCGCUUGCCGCUGAGGACGCUGCUCUUCGGUGGUUGUGGUGUCCCCGAGUCUGCUGCAGCUCCCCUGGGCCGUUUCCUGCGGCAGUGCGUGCAGCUCGAGUCCCUCAGCCUGGCGGGGAACCGAAAGCUCUGCAGUGCUGCAGGGUUGCGGGAUCUCCUUCAGAGUUGGGCUCGAGGCAGCGAGUUCGACAUUCCUGUGAAAGAACUGAGCCUGAAGAACUGUGGCUUGGACGCUGACGCCGCGGUGGCCUUGGGAGAGCUGAUGAGGCGAUGUCACGGUUUGCAAGCGUUGGACCUGCAGGGCAAUCAGGCUCUGGCUCAAGCACCGGCACUGGCAGCUCUCUUGCAGGGCGUGGGCGAUGAAGGCUUCCCGAAGCUCAGUCACUUGAUCAUGGGCUUCUGGGAGAUGCCAAAGGCUUCGGAACAAGCGCCUGGGGCCGGCCUUAGGCGACCUGGUGACCCAGCUUCGGCGAGCGAGAAGAGUUCGGAGUCACGGAUUUGAAGCCAAAUUUGUUGAGUCCCUUGGUUAGGUGAUCUGUGACCACAUCAGGAAACCCAAAAGUAGUGCAAAUCACCGAGUUUCGUGCCUCCUGCUAAGGGAUGUCCAAACCGCUUCCCAAUCCUUUAAUGAGCUAGCAGCUAAACAUUCAUUCUUUGCAGAUUUCACAACUUGGACGAAUGAUGUGAGGUCCUCAGCCGCAUUCUGUAUCGAUGCCCCUUGCUGCGCCAGAUGCAGAAAAAGCCGCGGUGCUUUUUUCGAGCAUUGCUGACCGU